GCCACACCACCAUAGCCCCAUCAUGCAUGGUACUGCAUGCCUCCAAUCCAACCCAGACCAGACCCAUGCCCCCAGUCGUGCUCCUGCGCACUCUGCCACGGCGCUGCUCUCGUGAUCUUGCGCCUCAAUCUCCACCGUGCAUCUUGCAUACCCUUUCGAUUGUGUAAACUGUACGCUGUAAUGUACGGUACAGUAUUCUCAAGCCGCGUUUUACUUCACCUCGUUUCGCCCCGUCGAAUGCGGGUGAACGCCGCCGCGCUCACCUUGGGGUGCUCGCAAAUCCAACAGCUGCCUGCGAAAGCCAUAUUUAUUUCUGCCUGUACGCUUUAGUAGCAUGCAUCGACCUUCUCGCCUCGCUACAACAAGAUCAAGCGCUCCGUUUGCGAGCCCAAAUUCCACUCAGUACCUCUAGAAUCACUGCCUCAGUAACUUCGACUCAAUAAUUCCUGACUUACUUCCGACUUAGUAGUUCACACUCCUGUUCUUGCCGCCGCCGGCUGUGGCUCUGAUUUGCGCCAGUCAAGCUCUCCUAGUGCUCGAGGGGGAUUAACAGAACUUUAGAUUCGCAGCGAAACCCUCUUCCUCUGCCACACGCCCUUCAUCUCUCGAAUCUGCUCAGUCCCCGACUCCUCUCGUGUAGCAAGCACUUCCUCCGCCCACGCGCGCUGCCUGAAUUCCCGGCGCCACCAGCAUUUGCGCCGCAGCCUGUUUCAUCUAUCGCAUUGCAUCUACCGACCCGUUUCACCCGUUUCAUCUGACCCGUUUCAUCCGACCCGUUUCAUCCGACCCGUUUCAUCCGCGCCACUCAAAGAGUAACUUAGUCGACACUCCCCGAAUCCCCACGAGGCGUCCGCCAGACAGCGCGCCACCGCCGUCGGGUUCCAUUGCGUCUACCGCCGGGGGCGGUCAUAGAAUACAAGAAACCCGCCGUCGAACCCGUCAUGGCUCCUCCUCCACCUCCACCGACGUCGUCGCGCACUCAUCGCUCCCGCCGCCAGGCUCCGCGCCUUCUCUCGCGGCCCCUCCUCUCUGCCCGCCUCUCCCCCCUCCUCCUCCUCCCCCUCCUCUCCUGCUCGCUCGUGAGGCUACUCCACGUCGCGUCCCUUCAAGAUGAUAUCGCCCCCCCGCCUCCGCAACCCACGGCGCCCACUUACCUCUAUAAAGUCUACCUAAAUACCGCGCCGCCCGUCUCCCUGUAUCGUGGCGGAGUCGCCGGCUUUCCCGCCACCGCGGGGCUGUCCGACGCGCUCAAGGGGAUGGCGGGGGGCCUGCGCGGGGCCGCGCGCCGUGCGCGGCAGCAGAUGCGGCGCGGGCCGCUGCGCGAUUUCGCCAAGUUUCUCGGGCAGGUUCAGAGAAAAGUUGCUGAUGACGUGAAGCUGCCCAUGUCGAAAGUUCUGUACAGCUACAAGUACGUGAGCAACGGCUUCGCGGCGCGGCUGACUCUAAAGCAGGUGCAGCAGCUGCGGCGGCACCCGCAGGUGGCGGCGGUAAAGGCGAGCCGGCGCAUAGUGGCCUCCACCACGCACUCGCCCGCGUUCCUCAAUCUCCCGGGGACCCUGUGGCCCGCCAGUGGCGGCGUGGAUGCGGCGGGGGAGGAUGUUAUCGUGGGCGUGAUUGACAGCGGCAUCUGGCCCGAGCACCCCUCGUUCACUGACAAUGGCACUCAGCACUACGGCCCGCCCCCCGCGCGGUGGGCGGGGCGGUGCGAGCUGACCAAGGACUUCCGCCAGUGCAGCCGCAAGGUGAUCGGCGCGCGCUUCUUCGCGUGCUGCGGCGUGGACGCGUCCGUGGAGUACUGGAGCGCCAGGGACGCCGCUGGCCACGGUUCCUGGUGCGCUGGAGCGGCAGCAGGCAACAAUGGCGUGAUGGUGGCGGGUCCCAACGGCGGCUCCUUCGGCGCAGCGAGCGGCAUGGCGCCGCGCGCGCGCCUGGCAGUCUACAAGGCGCUGUGGAAAGGGGCGGACGGCACCACGGCGGGGGAGACGGUGGAUAUUGAGGCGGCCAUUGACGCGGCGGUGGCGGACGGGGUGGACGUGCUGAGCAUGUCGUUCGGUGACCUGGGCAUGGAGGCCACUUACUUGAGUGACGGGGCGCUGCUCAAUGCUGCUCAGGCGAAUGUGGUGCUGGUGAUGGCAGGGGGCAACGAGGGUCCGCCCCCAACCUACUACAACUACCGCUCCCUCACCAAUGUCUCGCCCUUCUACCUCACCGUCGGCGCCAGCACCAUAGGGCGGCAGUACCACACGGAGCUGACUCUCGGCAACGGCGUCUCUCUGAAGGGCGUGGGCGUGGGGGGCAAUGCGGACACGGCAGCAGGGCUGGGGAUCAUCUCGGGCGCACAGGCGGUGGUGGAGGGGGGGGACGCGGACAAGGCCCAGCAGUGCUUCGACACGAUGCUGGACCCAUCCAAGGUGGCCAACAAAAUCGUGGUGUGCGACAGGGGCGUCACCACCAUUCUCUCCAAGGUCUCAGUCGUCGCCUCUCUGGGCGGCGCGGCGAUGGUGCUGGCUAACGUGGCGAGCAGCCCCAGCACGACGGUGGAGCUGGUGGAUGGCGCCACCAUCCCCACGCUGCAUGUGUCGCUGGAGCAGGCGGCUGUUAUCAUGGAGUACCUCGAUAGCGCUGACAGCCCCACGGCCACUCUGGCAGCGAUAGCCGAACCGGCAGCGGCAGCAACACCCGCCCCAGCUGUCACCUACUUCUCCUCCACAGGCCCAGUGGCUGAGCCCUCCAGCACGCCCCGCAAGCCGUACCCCACCAACGACAUCUUAAAACCCGACAUCAUCGCCCCGGGCUUUAACCUCUGGGCGGCUGGUGCCGGGAGCAGCCUCGCCACGCGGACAACUCCGGUGUUUUCACUCCUCUCUGGGACGUCGAUGGCAACGCCCCACAUGGCGGGGAUUGCGGCGCUGGUAGUGCAGAACCACCCCGACUGGUCCCCUGCUCAGGUCAUGUCUGCCAUACUCACCACUGCCAGCACUACCAACACCGCGGGCGGGCCGAUUCUGAAUAGCCUAGGGCAGCCGGCGACACCCUGGGAGAUGGGUGCUGGGCAUGUGAACCCUGGGGAUGUUCUCGACCCCGGGUUGACUUUCGACGCCAGUUUCACGGAUUACCUCUCGUUCCUGAGUGGGCAGGCGGGAAAAGUUUCCUUGAAGAGUCUCGGGCUGGGGAAAGCUGCUCCCCGGGGCCUGAAAGCCAUCCCUGCCUACAAUCUCAACCGCCCGGCUAUCUCCGUCUCGCGGCUGCUGAAAACCGUUACAGUCACCCGGUUCGUGACCAACGUCGCCGACGCAAACUCGACCUACACUGCCAAGGUCGUCCCUCCUGCGAACGUCAAGGUGGUUGUGAAGCCGCUUGUUCUGUCGGUAGCAGCCGGCAAGACGGCGAGCUUCACGGUGCAGUUCACAGUGACCAAGGCGUCGUCGCAGUUCUCGUUUGGGAGCCUCACCUGGGAGGAUCAGGCGGGGCACGUGGUGAGAUCCGUGCUCGCCGUGCAGCCUGUGAAGAAGUAGACCCCGAGUCAGGACCGAAGGCUUUCAUCUUCGGGAAUGGCAUGACGGUAGUAGCCAGGGUUUUCAUAAUCAGGCUUUCGUCUGCAGCAGUCCAGUCCAGGUCAGGGCUUUCAUUUCUGGGCGUUGGCAUGGUUUUGUUUGGGCUGCUUUGUGUUGGGUUGGGUUGGGUUGGGUGUACCAUAGCCCCUUCCUCCCUUGUUCCUGUUCCUGCUUUAUUGCUUUGACUUAGACAACUCAAUCUCUAGCACCUCUCUUUUGUGUAGAUAAGCACAGUAUUCUGGCUCAAUAAUGCACUAUGCAUGAGGGUUGCUUUUGCAAACCAUAGGAGAUGACAGGUCACAGGUGCUGUGUGUCAACAAAUAAUGUGUAUAUGUUAUAGGCCAGAUAGGUGCAUGCUCAUAUAGAGUACAAUACCUUAGGUAAUACUCCCUUGUACCCCAUCAUUCUA